AUGCUCUAUAUCAACGCUCUUUCCCCUCUGCUGCAGCAACAGGGCUUCUCCGCGCAGUUCAUCGUUGACCAGGGCCGCUCUGGCGUGCAGAACAUCCGAAAUGCAUGGGGCGACUGGUGCAACAUCAAGGGCGCCGGCUUUGGCGAGUGCGAUGGCACGAGCAACUCGUCUGCGCCUCGCUAUGAUUCUACUUGCUCUCUGUCUGAUUCUCUCCAGCCCGCUCCUGAGGCCGGCACCUGGUUCCAGCAGUACUUUGAGGCCCUUGUGACAAACGCAGCUCCUUCGCUUUAAUUGUGCUUUUUCUUGUUAGAGUUUCGAAGGUACUACAAGGAUGGUUUUGUGUAAUUU